AUGAAUCAGGGCCAAGUCAUCAUCCCAUAUUUCUCCAGCGCCGGUGUCUUAGGCCUCAGCUGUGCCGUACAGCUCUCUCGAUCGGGCUAUAAAGUCACAGUUGUCGCUCGAGAUCUUCCUGGCGAUUCUCAUAUCGACUAUGCCUCCCCAUGGGCUGGGGCCCACUUCCGGCCCUCCCCCGCAAAAACGCCAGUAGAGCAGCUCGAACAACAACUUAUGCGAGACACUUACAGCGAACUUGAGAGACUGGCAAAGGAAAAUCCAGAAUCCGGCGUCAAAAUCGUUCCGGCGAUUGAAUACUUUGACUCUGCUGAUGCGGAUUCGUUCCUAGCCAAGGAGAAUGGCUACAUUGACUGGCCCGAUUUUCGGAUCCUAAAGUCGGAGGAAUAUCCUUCUGACCAUGAGUCGAUCAAAUUGGGCGUUACCUAUCGCAGCUGGGUCUUGAACUCUCCUGUAUACUUGCAGUGGUGCCGGAAGCAGGCUGAAGAGCAGGGUGUCGGGUUCGUUCGGGCAAAUGUAGCAUCCAUGGACGAAGCCGUCUCCAUCUUCCAACAAGAAAGUAUAGGAAGUGAUGGAAAUGACGUCCGAGCUAUCAUCAAUGCGACAGGCCGUGGAUUGAAUGAUCCCAACUCUUUUCCAUCUCGUGGUCAGUUCAUCAUUGUGUCCAAUCAGUGCGACAAGACGAUCAGUCACCAUUGGGCAGAUGGCUCAUCCACAGUGAUCAUUCCCCGACCUCUGGGUGGAGGCACAGUUAUUGGGGGGACAAAGGAGCCUAACAAUUGGUCCGAGGAAAUAUCUGACACUGACACCGAAACAAUUCUUAAACGAGUUGCAGGUAUUUGCCCUGAGCUCAUCGACCGGGAAGACACUGCCACCGACAAUACUCAUGGGUUCGACAUUCGUCAAGUCUAUAUCGCUCGUCGCCCUAUGCGACGAGGCGGUUUGCGCCUAGAAAGGGAAUUUAUGAACCACGGCAUUCCUCUUAUCCACUGUUACGGCGCUGGUGCGAGUGGUUUCAAAAUAAGUUGGGGUGUGGCCAGAAAAGUCGAAAUCCUGGUUGCUAAUACUCAACUUCUUGUGAAUGAUCCCUUAGAGACAUCAUGA